AUGGAGGACAAAGGCCUCAGUGGCCCGGGCAUCUUCUGGGCCGCCUCGCGGCUCCGCAAGCCCGACCAGCUCGCCUGGCCGGCCUUUGUGAAGUGGUACGACACCGAGAUGAUCCCGCAGCUCCUGGGCCUCAGGAGCAUCAACACCGUCUUCCGCGCCGUGGCCGCCGAGCCGCUCGAGCGGCCCAACCUCGCCAUCCUGGCCACCGACGACCUCGCGAUAUUCGACAGCGACGAGUUCAAGUCCCUCCCCGCGUACACGACGCAGCUGACGCCCCAGUCCGGGGGUUACUGGGACCUGAUUGACUUUGAGGCGCGGUGGUACAGCCUGAUUGAUGUGUUUGAUCAUGCCAAGAAGCCUUUGUCCGAGACCAAGUCGUUCCUCGCAGUAGGAUGGGAUAUCACCGGUGACAUUACACCCGAGUUCGUCGACAAGUGGUGGACGAAGGACCACUGCCAGCAGCUCGCCCAGCUCCCCGGGUUCGUGCGCACGACGCGGUUCAAGGCGCAGACGUCGUGGUGGAGCGCGGGCAACGGGGCGUCGCUGCCGUGUCCGGACUUCUUUGAGAUUAUCGAGUACGAGACGCCCGACGUGGACACGAUGUCGAUUGUCGAGCACCCGGACAUGUCGGAUGAGGCGCACGAGGUCAUGGCCGAGAUCAUGGGGGCGUGCAGCUUCGAGUUUGGGACCUGGCGGGUGGAGAAGGCAUGGGCCGGCGGGCGGGAUGUCAUGUUCCACCAGCAGGACUGA